UGGCGGCGGUUCGAGUCGCAAUCUGAUGGCGUCACCACCGCGGGCACGCCGCUCGCUGCCGCCGCCGCUGUUGUCGAGGAGUUGUCGGCGUCUCGUGCCCUCCGUCUCGCUCUGAGUUCACUCUCGGUGAUUCGCCCCAUCGGUGAUUGAUUCGCCCCAUCGGUGAUUGAUUCGCUCCAUCGCACGUUGCAGUUUGCUGAUCCUUGGCGCUCGGGAUCGUCGCGGCGGAAGAUGUCUCGCGCGACCGAGCCCCUGGCGAGGCUCCUUCGGAGCGUGGCUCGGUUCGUACAACAGGUGACGGACCCAAACAAACUCUCCACGCUUGUGCAAGCCACUAAGCUUGGAUUAAGUGAGGAUGCGGUGAAGCUCUGCAUCAACUAUGACAAGCUUGGCAAGGGCUGUGGUCUGGACACGCUGUCCCAAGCUCUGCAAGUGCACAUGGCAGCCCUGAAUGAGCUUCAGCAGAUGCUGGGAGAGGCAAACCCAGAGCCCAUUGACGUUGACAGCCCAGAACCAAAACCCUGUGUGGGCAAACGUCCAGAAGCCUCGCCACCUACCGCUCAGCCCAAGACAGAUGACCUUGAGCCUAAACUUGUGCAGAUCCAAGCUAGAAAAGCAGAGAUUGAUAGAAGGAUAAUGGCCUUUAUGGAAAGGAAACAGCUGGAGGUGAAUGAAAACAACAUCAGGGAGUUCUGUAACGUCAUCAACUCAAACCAAGAAAACAGCUGUGCCAGGACAGAUGCUGUAUUCACACCACGACCUGGAAGCAUAAGCCACAUUAAAGUGUCGCGCGUCGUGAACACGUACGGCCCCCAGACGCAGCAGGAGGUGGCGCAGUCCGGCCGAGUGAGGGGUGGCAACGCCUCGGAGGAUUGUGGGAACUCGGCCGUGGAGGAGCGCCUCCAGAACCUCGAGGAGCACCUACGUCUCCGGCAUGGCGGUCCGGUGCCAGGUAGCGUGUAUGCACGUCUGAAGGAGCUGGAGAAUCGUGUUCUCCAGCUGGAGGGCUCUUCCCCCGAGUACUUUGAGUCAAUAAAUUCAUUGAAAAAACGGAAGAAAGUUCACGAUUUAUCGCAAAAAUAUACUCUCUCCGAUCUGGAUGCCAAAAUCAACGUGCUUAGGGCAAUGCUGCUGAAGAAGAGUACCGAUGCACCGGCACAGACCAUGGACGUUGAUCCAUCCAACCACGUCCCUUAGUAUCACACUCCGUACGCUCAUCGUUGUGCAAUGUUCUUAGACUGCUGAUCAUUUACAAUCUUUAUUCAUAUCCGACAGGGCUUAAUUAUUGUUCGCAGUUGUUAUUAUUACUCUGAGCAAAAAAAAAAAUAGCAGUGUUUUAACAUUACAGGCUGUCAAGAGUAUUGUGAUGUUGGUGUGCAGCUAUUAAGCAGGCGCGGAGCCAGGGUUUCAGGCUUGGGUGACAUUCAACAAAUGUUAAUUUCAAGAAUGAUUAGAGAGUCAGGCUGUUGAACUAGACGCCAUCGGUUGGCGACACACUCUGACAAUGCAGUUGCACGGAGUCCGCCAGACCGAGUGUCGUACACUUAUACGCAGAAUGUUUCAGAUUUUCGAUUUUUUUAUUUUUUUGGGGGGUGACAAUUGUCUACCCUGUCACCCCCCUGGCUCCGCCCCUGCUAUUAAGGACCGGCUUACGCACGCGGGAGUGCUGUGCUUUUGCACGCCCAAGGCUGCUUUUGUCUCCCCAUGGCUAAUAUGCAACAUGCCAGGUAAUCAUUUAAGGCUGAGUUGACCAAGGGGGGCCCAGGGUACCUUCGGGUUUUUUUUCUUGCCAGUGAUGAUAAAAUACAUAAUUCUUUAUGAGAAAAAUAUGUUCGCAGAAAAUUAUUUCAGCAUAUUUCUACACACAGGGACCUGUCAGGCUGGACACUCAUUGAUCUAUUUGGCUAGUUGGAUGUGUUGUACUGGAGACCUUUGUGCCAUGCCUCUAUCUCACGCUGUACACAAUUAACAAUCGCAUAAUUUCAAUAUAUAAUUUAGCAGCGGUGGCCUUGUCGCCUGACCCAACAGAAGCCACACACCAAUAUCUUCAUAUGACCGAGAGCCAGAACCAUGAAUGGCGACAUGUUAACUACCUUGCCUACGUGUCCUCCGGGUUUUUCCCCUCUACAUGAAUAAACAUGCGUUUAGAGUAUUUGGCUGCAAUACAUUUCCACGCAAUAAGCCACUUAAUUGGAGCUAUCAUGUUUGUGGUUUGAGUGGCCGUCACGUGGCCGGUUUCUUCGUGCUGGUUGGCCGUGAAGCUUGGAAUGUUCUAGGUCUGCAUGAGUGCCCUGGGAGUACUCGCGUCUGAAUCUGCUGCCAGUGGUGAGUGCCCCAAGCUGUCCAUGCGCCUGCAGCUGUUUGUUGUUCCGUAUGAAGUUGUAUCGACAAUUUACAAAUCAGGUCUCUGUGCAGCCACACUUGGGAGUGUGUCCAGGAGGAGCACGCGGCUCAUGAGCUGCGGUUUGGCCACCCCGAGUCUCCAGCUCGUUUCUAGAGCUCCUUGGGUGACAAUCCGAUGUUUAUCGAUUAUCUGCACAGACGCUCAAUAGGUAUCCAAAACCAUAGAAAUAUUGAAUUACUGCUCCUUUGAUUUGUGAUUAUUGUAUGUAGUUGUUGAUAAAUAUACUUUUGACACCUUUUCCUGUAAUCUGCCAUGAUGUUGAGCAUAAUGGCAGGGUUGGCUAUGUACGGUGUGAAAUACGUUCAACAUACAUGUUUGCCCAUCUAUUUAGACCGUUAUAUGAAUCGCCUGUUUAUGUAAGAUUAUGCUGUGUAAGUAUAUUUAAACUGUAUGAAUGAUAAGCUGGAUUCACUUAAUGUGUGCGUGGCAUUAAGGUGGAAUGUUGCCUCGUGUAGUUUUAGAUUCUGGCUUACAUGCAUUACGUGGCAUGUGUAAGAAUUAAUGUCUUUCAUGUGUGUAUAUGAGUUCACAUCACCAUUGCUCUUGCUAGGUGCAGCAAUAUCUACUAUGGUAGCAAAAAAACUGCUUAAUCUGAAUCACAACACUGAAAUAAAAAUGAGGGUUAAUCAUUCCUACCGCUAAUGUGCAUAUGUCAACUUUCUAUCCAUACAGUGUUUUUAUCUACAAACAUUCCAAGUCUGGUACUUUUGAGUAGUUUAUAUAUUCUGUACAAGUGUUUGUCUAUUUUUUCAAUAAAUGUGUCAAAUGUUAA